AUGCGAUGCAUACUGAGGAAUAUACUGGAAGGCGAAACCCAGCAGUUUGGUGACAUCUCUACUCCUGACUCGAAAGAUGGAACUGUGUCAUCUCCAGACCCUCCCUACCCCCACCCAUACCCCGUUUAUGAGUUGACUUUCCUUGAUCAUAUCUUGCCACCGUGCCAUAUGUUCAUCUUCCUCUCCUUUGGCAAAGCCUCAAUCGAGGGCAUCGAUGCGCUUCGACGGGGUGUCAAACGGUUGAGUAAGUCUCUGCAGUUUCUCACUGGAGUUUCUCUGCCAUCCGGAAAUUCUGGUAGUGAGGACGAUGCCUUCCAUGUCCAGCCAGCAGAUUCAGCCUUCCUUCAGCGGUAUCCAAUGCUCAAGAUGGCAUUCAGCUCGAAGUGA